UGUACUGUACUGUGAAGGUUUUUCACGUGUGAAGUACAGUGGCUCAUGAACUGUAUUGACUUUUUGACUAUAGUUUAUAAUUGUUACAAAAGUUAAGUUUAUUAUUUCUCAUUGUUUCGGCUACUAAACGUUUUGAAAAAAAUGAGUUCUCCAUACCAGGGUGCAUUGACAUGUGUUACAUGUCAAAUUGUAUUUGAAACUGGUGAUGCACAUCGUGAGCACUAUAAAACAGAUUGGCAUCGUUAUAAUCUCAAAAGAAAAAUCAUCAAUCUACUUCCUGUUGACCGACCAACUUUUGAAUCCCGAAUACUGAAUCAACAGAUCAAGGAAAAUGAAGAAAAUUCAAAGAGUUCUAUUUAUUGUACCAUUUGCAAAAAAUCUUAUAAUUCUCAAAAGUCUUUUGAUAGCCACACUUCUUCUAAACAGCAUAAGACUUUAGCAUUGCAAUCAGACAAUGAACAUAAAGAUAUUGGUGUACCUGCUGCCAAGAAAAUAGUUAAACCAGUUGAGAAUAAACUUGUUGAAGAAAGUGAUGACGAGUACGAAGAUGUAGAUGACGAUGAAGAAUGGGGUGAAGUAGUCAGUGAAAACAACCCCAUAGUAAAUAAUAUAUGUUUAUUCUGCCCUCAAAGCAGUGAAAACUUAUUGCAAAAUAUUAAGCAUAUGUCUGACACUCAUUCAUUUUUCAUACCCGAUAUUGAGUACCUGGUUGAUAUGAAAGGAUUAUUAGUGUAUUUAGGAGAAAAGGUAUGUCAAGGCUUUAUGUGUUUAUGGUGCAAUGAUUCUGGAAAAAAUUUUCAUUCAAUAGAGUCUGCACAAGCACACAUGAUUGACAAAGGUCAUACUAAAAUGAUUCAUGAAGGUGAAGCAUUACUUGAAUAUUCAGACUUUUAUGACUAUUCAUCAAGUUAUCCAGCAGACACGUCUGUAGAUGAUUAUCGUAUUGUUGAAGAUGUUAACUCUCAAUUAAUUCUUCCUUCUGGAACUAGAAUUGGAAAACGAUCAUUAAUGCGAUACUACAGGCAAAAUUUGAAUCCAAAUCAUGAUUGGGAAGCUAUGAAGGAAACAAAACUAAACAAAGUAAUCAAUCAUUACAGACAUGUAGGAUGGACAGGAACUUUCCCUGCUGCUGCUGCUAGGAAAGCCAGAGAUUUGAAAGUUAUGAGACAAGUUCAGACAAAAAUGUACAUGCAAUUAGGAGUUAAAGCCAACAAAUUCCAAAAGCAUUUCCGCCAGCAAGUUAAUUUUUAAAUUUUAUUUUAUAUUUUUUGAAAUACUUAGUGUAAG